GCGUCUGUCUUCCAGACGCCUCCAAUCCGGGCUCCCCAGCGUCUCGGAGAAGAGAAGCAUCACGGCACGGCGGCGGUGGCGAGGAAGGCUCCCAUCCCAAUCCCAACCCAAAUAGCAGCCGCCCAAAGAGGAGGAGCUCCAAUCGUCGCGCGGGCGUCCGUCGUCCCUCCAUUCAUCGAUCCAAUCUGCAGGACCCUGCAUCGCGGCUUCUUCGUGGAGGAGAGGUUGCUGUGGAACCCGCCGCCAGUUAGCCAUGUCGUCCUCCGUGCUGAGGGCCGCGGCCGACAGGGCCAUCCGCAGGCAGGCCCUCACGCUGACGGACACCGCGGCGUCCAGGAUCCGGCAGCUCCUUAGCCUCAGGCAGCGGCCAUACCUGCGGCUCGGCGUCAAAGCGCGAGGCUGCAACGGCCUCUCCUACACGCUCAACUAUGCCGAUGAAAAGGGGAAGUUUGAUGAGCUUGUCGAGGAGAAAGGAGUCAAAGUAUUGAUCGACCCCAAGGCUUUGAUGCAUGUUAUAGGCACCAAGAUGGACUAUGUUGAUGAUCCAUUAAAGUCUGAGUUUGUGUUCAUAAACCCAAAUUCCAAAGGGGAGUGUGGCUGCGGUGAAUCUUUCAUGACUACAGGCAGCAAAGGGUCGACGUCAUGAGGCGUUUUUCAGUGUAAAUGCAUAGCGAAGUGUCUGCAGGCUCCAGCUACAGGUUUUCUUGCAUCUGUUGCGUCGCAGUUCAUCAUAAUAUAACACAGCAGUGGGUUCGUACUGGAUAUGCAACUAACUCACAUGUACUUCUAAAUUUCACCUCAAAUGUUGUUAUUACAUGGUCUGAUUAUCCAUGUUCUGUAUAUUUGAUCACUCACGAUUUUAAGACCUCAAAUUUGUAUGAAGCUUGGGCUCCUGUGUUUGCCGCAGUUCGUUGGGAAAUUAAGGCCCGAUUGGUUUUC